GCGCUGGACCCGCCCCGGGCCGGGAAGGGGCGGUGCCUCCGCCCGCAGGGCUCGGGGGAACGGCCCUCCCCGCCGCCGCGCCCGCCCGGGGCCCGCUGUCCACCUCCCGCCGCCGCCGCCGGAGCGGGAGAUGGACUUGCAGGCGCAGAGAGCGAAUGGACAGGCCGUGUCUGCAUCGCCAGAGGCUGGCCGCUGAGCUAGCGCGUGUCUGCAGGAGGCCUGCUGGACUGCGCCACCAUGGGCUGUGUGGGCUGAUCAGUCAGUUCCUGCUGGAGGCUCCCGGAGUGACCUGGGGAGACCAUGCCCAGGCCCCCCGACCUCCUGCUGCGGCUGCUCCAGGGUACUUCCCGGCAGCGGCUCUGCACCCUGCUCAUCAUCGGCUUCAAGUUCACAUUUUUUGUCUCCGUCCUGAUCUACUGGCACAUUGCGGGGGAGCCCCAGGGCCAGGGGCAGCUCCACAGCCUGCCGCCCGACAUCCCCUGCCCCCGCCUGGCCGUCCCCACGCCGCCCUCCGGCUCCGCCUCUCCGGGUGACAUCUUCUUUCUCGAGACCUCAGACCGCACCAACCCCAACUUCCUGUUCAUGUGCUCUGUGGAGUCGGCCGCCAGGACACACCCCGAGUCCCGGGUGGCCGUCCUGAUGAAGGGGCUCCCGGGGGGCAACGCCUCCCUGCCCCGGAACCUGGGCAUCUCGCUUCUGAGCUGCUUCCCCAAUGUCCGGCUGCUCCCGCUGGACCUGGAGGAGCUGUUCCGGGACACACCCCUGGCCGCCUGGUACGCCGGGGUGUGGCGCCGCUGGGAGCCCUACCUGCUGCCCGUGCUCUCCGAUGCCUCGCGGAUCGCGCUCAUGUGGAAGUUCGGGGGCAUCUACCUGGAUACAGACUUCAUCGUGCUCAGGAGCCUCCGGAACCUGAGCAACACGCUGGGCACCCAGUCCCGCUAUGUGCUCAACGGCGCCUUCCUGGCCUUCGAGCGGUGGCACGCCUUCAUGGCGCUGUGCAUGCGGGACUUCGUGGCCCACUACAACGGCUGGAUCUGGGGCCACCAGGGCCCGCAGCUGCUCACGCGCGUCUUCAAGCAGUGGUGCUCCAUCCGCAGCCUGGGGGAGAGCCGUGGCUGCCGCGGGGUCACCACCCUGCCCCGCCAGGCCUUCUACCCCAUCCCCUGGCAGAGCUGGAAGAAGUACUUCGAGGACGUCAGCCCCGAGGAGCUGCCCCAGCUGCUCAACGCCACCUACGCCGUCCACGUGUGGAACAAGAAGAGCCAGGGCACGCGCCUCCGGGCCACGUCUCGGGCGCUGCUGGCCCAGCUCCACGCCCGCUACUGCCCCACGACGCACGAGGCCAUGAAGAUGUACGCGUGAGGGGCCUCCCGGGGGAGAAGGGCCCUCGGCCACCCUUCCCUGAGAGCAGGAUGGGGGCCUGGGAGAGGGGGGUCUGAGUGGCUGCUGCGGGGAUGGGUUGCAGGCUGGGGGAAGGGCGGGGACCUCCGGCCCCAGGAGGUGUGGGAGGAGAUGAGGCUGCGGGCCUGGGGUCGUUCCCCCCAGUCGGGUCCUGGACCCAUGGAGGGCAAGGCCCUCCAGCCAGAGUCUGCCUCCCCCAGGCUGGCAGUUGCAUCUGGGGGCUUCGAAACCACCAGCAAGAACAGGGAGCACCACAGCAUCUUCUGGGGUGGCACAGGGAAGCCCCCGGGGAGGUAAGAAAGGAGAGGGGAGGAAACGGCUCAUGGGCGAGCCAGACUGCAGACCGCGUCCCAAAAGCCAAGGCAGCUGCUUUUCAUCCAGUUUGGUUCCUUUCUCGGAAGGGCUGAGCAAGGCCGAGGCCGGCAGAGCUGGCCUGGGGAGCCCCUGGGGGAGGCCCUGCCAGCCCACCCCAUCCUAAUUUCCCGAGAUGUUGCAAGGGUGAUGCAUGCCAGCCACCCACGGCAGAGUGGGGGUUCUUCUGGCUCAGGGAAAGGAUUUAAAUGAAUGUUCUCUGUCUCCACUGCCCCUGCUAAAUACAGGAAGAAUAAUAAAUGUAAUGAAAGUGCCUAAUGCACGUCCAGUGCUUUUUUGGUUGCCGAAAUGCCUCACUCACAGGCCCGGCAGAGGAGGAAGCAGCUGGGGGUGGGGGUGACCUGCCAGCCGGGCUUUCCCCACAGCUGCCCUGAUGGGAAGGGCUCAGAGGCCAGCCCGGCCCCCAGCAUCCCUGGGGAGCAGCCAUGGAAGGCGUGUGGGAAGAGUCUGUUUUUCUCACCUUAUAAGGCCCCCAGCCCUUCCUCCCCCAUAAUUACCCUGAAUCCCUUUUAACCAAAAUGGAGCCGCUGAGGACCCUCCAGAGGCCUGCUGUUGGAGCAGGAGGAGCCCCCGUGAGGAGGAGGAGGGCCCUGUGGAGUCCCUCCUGCCUGGCCCUCCUCCCUAGAUGCCCGCCAGGCGGUCCUGGGUCUGAGCCAGAAGAAAAUCUGCAUUCACCAGGGCAAGGCCCCGGCUGGUUUGUGUUGAGGACGUGGCCUCCGGGAAUGGGUGUCCCCACCAGGCUGGAGAAGUCCCCGCUGGCAGAACUGAGGGUGCUGGCAGGAGCUGGUGCUCAGCGGCUGCUCCUCACAGCCCAGGGAGGAAGCCGGCAGAGGCCUCUGGCUCCCACCGCAAACCGUCUCAGGCAGCCUGGUAAGAGGUGAGCUCCCUGGCUCUAGAGGUAUUCAAGAACAGCUGAUGUCUUUGAUGAAAACAA